CCAUAAGACUCGUUACUUGGUCGUGUGUCUGACAUUUCCCAUUUUUAAUUAGCGACGAAGUUAAUUUUUUUCGUUGAAAAUAACUUUUUUAUCUAUAAUUUUUCAAGUUCUUAAAUUGUUUAUUUGAUGGUCUUGAAUUUGUAUAAAUUGGUGACAAACCAUCAGCAGACAAAGAAUCCAAAUCCAACUAGGACUACGAAGAAGGUGACGGUGACGGCAACGGCAAAAGCAAAAGCAAAAGCAAAGGCAACGACGACGACGACGGCGAAAAUAAAAAAAAGUCUAAAAGGUCAGCAGACAAAACAAAAAAUAAAAUACAUAUUUAUGCACAUAGGAGACUCCAUUGAUGUCUAGAGAAGAGAGUUAUUGGACGACGUAAGGGUACAAUUGAAAGCAUAAUUUUGACUAAAGGGAUUUUUUUGCGAAAAGAAGGUAAUCGAGUAGGUUUUUAUUAUCAGCAUACUCCAAUUGUUCUUCAACUUCCAAUUGCCAUCUAUCUCAUCUCUCGUCGUCAUCUCUAUUAAUACAAAAUAAAAUAAAAACAAAAAAAAAUACAGCUUAUAAAUAUAUUGAAAAUCAACCAAAAUACAACAAAGACAAACAAAAUAAGCCGCUAAAAAAGCGUGCCACCUAAAUAAGACCCAACCCCCGGUUUGUUCAUAUUGAAAUGUUGCCAUUUACUCCACAAAUUGUUAAAAGAUUAUUAGCAUUAAAAAAAGGCAACGAAGACUCAGUCGAAGGCAAGUGGUCAGAAAAAGCUGUCAAAAAUCUUGUCAAAAAAUUAAAAAAAUCAAAUGCUCUAGAAGAACUUGAGAAAGCCAUUUCAACACAAAAUUGCAACACCAAGUGUGUUACCAUACCUCGGAGUAAGCCAACAACAGGCUCAGAAAAUCUUCGUAAAGGACUGCCACACGUGAUUUAUUGUCGACUCUGGCGUUGGCCUGAUUUACAAUCACAAAAUGAAUUAAAAGCCCUCGAUCACUGUGAAUUUGCUUAUCAGUAUAAAAAAGACGAGAUCUGUAUUAAUCCGUAUCACUACAAAAAAGUCGAACUAUCAAUUUUAGUACCAAAAUCGCUGCCAACACCACCUGAUUCAAUUGCAGAUUAUCCGUUGGACAACCAUAGCAAUCAAAUACCCAACAACACAGACUACAAUGCAAUAAGAAGCAACUCUCUGACACCGCCGUACAUGGAAGCAACCGCAUUGGGUCAGCAAAUGCCGUGUAACGCCACCAUUAUGGACUCUAGCGGUGGCACUCUCUCGGUUGGUAGCAGUAUACCAAAUACCGGAACUCCACCACCCGGCUAUAUGUCAGAGGACGGUGAUCCAAUGGAUCAGAACGAUAAUAUGAAUAUGUCACGUCUAACACCGCCAGUCGACGCUGCGCCCGUAAUGUAUCACGAGCCGGCCUUCUGGUGUUCAAUAAGUUACUAUGAGCUAAACACACGAGUAGGUGAGACCUUCCAUGCAUCUCAGCCAUCGAUCACAGUUGACGGCUUCACCGACCCAUCAAACUCAGAACGCUUCUGCUUGGGACUCUUGUCGAAUGUCAAUCGCAACGAAGUUGUUGAACAGACGCGGCGGCACAUUGGCAAGGGAGUACGGUUGUACUACAUUGGAGGUGAAGUAUUUGCUGAGUGUCUGAGUGAUUCAAGUAUUUUUGUACAGAGUCCAAAUUGUAACCAACGCUACGGAUGGCAUCCGGCAACAGUUUGCAAAAUACCACCGGGGUGUAACUUAAAGAUUUUCAAUAACCAAGAAUUUGCAGCGUUACUCUCACAAUCGGUGUCACAGGGAUUUGAAGCAGUUUAUCAGUUGACUCGCAUGUGCACCAUACGAAUGUCUUUCGUCAAAGGCUGGGGAGCUGAGUAUCGCCGUCAAACGGUCACCUCAACACCUUGUUGGAUUGAAUUGCAUUUGAAUGGUCCUCUACAAUGGCUGGACCGUGUUCUCACGCAAAUGGGAUCGCCGCGUUUACCAUGCAGUUCAAUGUCAUAAAUACUUAGUUUUCUUUUUAAUAAUAUAAAUUUAAAAUAAACAAAAAAAAAACACACACACACACAAGCAACCCCAAAUAAAUAAUAAAAGAAAAAUAACAUUAAUUGAACGUAUCAUGUAUUGUACACUUUGAAUAUUUCUUGUGAGCAAGUAAAACAAAACAAAAACAAAAAUGGACCGAUAAUGACUCUAUAAGAAGUCUUUAAAUAUUUGUAUUUUGUUACAAACAAAUUUAUUAUAUUUCAUAACAUAUAAUUUUUGUUUAUUAUUUUAAUUGUGAAUCAUUAUGUUUGUUUAUGUUCUUUUGAUUUAGUUUAAUGUUUUGUAAACAAACUUUGUUUGUUUUGUUUUCGUUAAAAAAAGCUCGCAACAAUAAAAUGCUAUAAAUGUUAAAUGCAAGGUGAAAUGUAGAAUAGCUAAGUUUGUCAGUUUGCAGGGAU